AUGUCGCAUUCAUAUCGCGAUGUUUUCCAGACCUUUCCCGCGUAUUGGAAGGGAUCGCCUUCAGUUACGUCUGACGCUGACCGUUCUCUUGAGUUCCCUCACAGACAUGGCUCUCAGUACAGGCCGAAGUUGAAAUGCCAAUCGGUAUCCCAAGCAAUCAAUGUCAGAUCAGAUGGUGCCAAGGAAACUUCAUCGCUGCCUCUAGUUUGGGGAGCAUUUUUCCUGGGCAAGGCUGGUUCUCAGCUCACUAGCGGUGCUAUCAUUAGCUACGGAAGUUUGGAAAUAACGGUGAUCCGGUAUGAUGUACUCGUGUGCGCCGGAUGGCUGAGUUGGGAGAUCCCGUAUUCUUCUGGGACAAGCUUUAUGCGCCAGGACACCGUCAUCACAAAAUAUCACAUCAAUCACGGUCUUGAACAAGCUCUCACGUAUCAUCAGGAUAUUCCUCAAAACGCCUAUAAUUCAGCAGAUAAUCACAACAAGGUCGUUAACAACCAGUGUUCGGCAACUCCCGAUCUCGACCCCGCCAUCGUCGCAUCGCAUACUAGGGCCCGCAGCUACUCUACAUAUGGCCUUUCAUUAAAAGAAUCUUUAGAUGUUGACAUAUUGAAAGCUCGUAACACUUUCGUUCCCCUGAAAUCUCCUCUUGAGCUAACGGAGCGGUCACGAUCACUCCCUCCCCGGGCAAGACGUUCAGCUGAGUCAAGCUUUGAUGCUAGGGCGGAACUGGGUACUUUUCGGUGUGACAGUGCACAAAGUGCUGAUGUUACUAUGGUCAUUGUGUCCGCUACUCACAGGUCUGAGCACGCACCGGUGUCCCGCCCAAGUGUGGUAACGUCAUCAAAACCUCGAGUCUGUCUCGAUUGCACCAGUCAAGGAUCUCACAGGCUCCCUAGCGUGGCUAGUGCUGUUGAAUACUCAGCAAAUGAGCGAGGCACCCCAGUCGGUUCAUUCGGCGGAUCCGAAAUCACAGGGUUCCGCGAGGUGGUGAACGUCAAUGGCCGGAGUGCAUACAGUAGUUCACCUCGUGAACAUCCAGCUCAAUCGGUACAUGCUGAUUUUGCCCAGGACGUCUUACCGCGUCGAAGAUAUUCAAACACUGGUAUUGCUCCUUCCACACCUUACUCAUCUUCCUCGCACAAAGUGUCGAGUGAUUCGCCACCGUCUCGACCAUCUACAGUUUUCUCUCGUGGUACUUGGGCGGGCACCCAAGGAAGCCUUGCUUUGUGUCUCUGCAUCCUUGAUGAUGUCAAAGACACGAGCAAACAUCAGUCAAAACUGGUCAACGGUCCCGUACACCCUCCCACAGGCACAGUCGACAUCUCUGCCAAUUUGAGUGAUUUCGGGCGUGUUGAUCAGUAUGAUCAGUGGGCAUCUCCUGUUGCCAAAAUGCAUGUAUGGCAACGUGGUAUGCAACACCAGGAAUCUCACUUGAAGGAUGGUCCAAGUCACGUUCCACAAUCUCCUACAUUUCUAUCCACCGAUUCACCCCCAGCCCAGGGCUCUCUUGUUGAUGAUCAUACAGAUAUUGAUCUACGUUCCACUCAUGACUCACAUCAUGACGUGCCAAAGAGACCCGCCAAGACAUCCUCCGAGGAUGAAAACACGACUGUCUCGGAGCAUGUGCGUGGCUGUGAGUCGGAGCAUCGCAAACUUGUGAUGGGACUGGAAGUGAUGCAAUCACCAGCGAGCGUCCUGCACCAAUCAUCAUUAACCCAAUCGAACGCUGGGAUCGUGACGAGCGAAGUCAAACUUCUGUCUCACCCUAUGUCGCACAUAACUUCUGUAACUCAAGUAGCUGGAGACAGCAAACGGGAGCACAGUCGUGCCGUAGUGCAGGAGAGCACUCUCGAAUGGGAGCUCGUUCAAGAGAAUUGGGUCGCAGUUACUGCAGCAUCCCAAACUACAAGCACGGGGGACACGAAUAACUCUACGAUCAAGGACGUAGCCAGGAACAAGCCUAGUCAAGUCACCCUCACUCCGAAACUUGAGGAUGAGAUGGCGGAUGUAUCCACAGAUUGCAAGCGCCAAACUGUGGAGGGCAGAGAAGACUCUCAUGAUCAAGGGGCGGAAAGAGGUCAAAAAUCUCACAUCCUAUUCCCGUACUGUUAG